AUGACCAUUUUCUUGUUAUGGCGCAUAAGCACACCAGAAGCAGAACCAGAUCAAUUAGGGCCAAUAGCAAAGCCUAGUUGCGAAACGCAUUGCGGAGAUGUUAGCAUCCCGUACCCUUUUGGGAUUGGACCUAGCAGCAGCUGUUACAUGUACGAUUGGUUUGAAAUACACUGCGACAACUCUACCAGCCCUCACAAGCCUUUCUUGAGGGCUGCCAAGCUUGAGGUGCUGAACAUCUCUAUUGAAGGCACGCUUCUGGUUAAGAACCCUGUUACUUUCUUUUUCAACGGAAGAAAGACCCCCCAAGCACCGAAUUUGAUGGGAAGCCCUUUCUUAUACUCUCAGAAAUACAACCGGUUCACAGCAGUGAGUUGUGGCUUCUUUGCCUUGGUAAGGUCAUACCAUGACCAGCGUGUUGUUGGCGGCUGCAUGUCAACUUGUGAUAAGAGUGCUGAAACUGCACACAACCAUGGAUGCAUAGGCAUUAACUGCUGCCAGACUACCCUUCCCCAAAAUCUCAGCGUGAUUGAGACUGAGAUAAAAUCUGAAUCUGAAGAAAGUUCUACUAGUGGAAAUGACCGAAUGUUGGCUCCUUACAACUAUGCAUUCCUUGUGGAGCACGAUUGGUUUCAGAACAAUUUAUCGAAUUUUAGAGACGUCAAGGACAUGGACAGCGUUCCGGUUGUGCUUGAAUGGAGCUUGAGCUUGGCGAACAUGAAUAAUAUAGAUGAAUGCAAGGCCCCUAAUAUGUGUCUGGCUCAUGGUCGUUCUAAUAUCGGCAAGUUGAAUUUUGGUGGACCUACUACAUGUGAGAAUUUUGCUGGGGGUCAUACAUGCUACUCAAAUACAACUGGUGUUGCAUGUGACUAUUAUGGUACAGGGUUUGUUUUGUGCUACUUAUAUGGCAAAAGGAGAUGGCUGCUUCAGACCUCUCGAAUCAAAACCAUCCUUCUAGGUCUUGGCAUGGGUCUUGGAUUGUUGUUACUAUUUCUUGGUGCGUGGUAUGGUGCAUGGCAUGUAUAUAAAGUCAUAAAGAAAAGGAAAGACAUCAAGCGCAAGGAAAUAUUUUUCAAACGAAAUGGUGGUUUGCUGCUAGAAAAACAAUUAUUGUCAGGUGAACACAACGUUGAGAAAGUCAAGUUGUUCAAGUCGAAGGAGUUGGAGAAGUCCACUGACAAUUUUAACAUUAAUAGAAUUCUCGGCCAGGGAGCCCAAGGAACUGUUUACAAAGGCAUGUUGACAGAUGGAAGAAUCGUUGCUGUGAAAAAGUCUAAAAUAGUGGAUGAAGGCAAACUUUCGGAAUUUAUCAAUGAGGUUGUGAUUCUUUCACAAAUCAACCACAGGAAUGUGGUUAAAAUAUUGGGAUGUUGUUUGGAGACUGAAGUUCCUAUUUUGGUCUAUGAAUUCAUACCUAAUGGAACGCUUUCUCAGUAUAUCCAAGGGAAAAUUGAGGAAUGUUCACUUACAUGGAAAAUGCGCAUACGAAUUGCGACAGAAAUUGCUGGAGCUCUUUUCUACUUACAUGGUGCAGCCUCCUUUCCAAUUUUUCAUAGAGACAUCAAAUCUUCCAAUAUACUCUUAGAUGAGAAAUACAGAGCGAAAGUUGCUGAUUUUGGAACUUCACGAUCAAUUGCCACCGACCAAACUCACUUAACAACACUUGUAAAUGGCACGUUUGGUUACUUGGACCCGGAAUACUUCCAAUCAAACCGAUUUACGGAGAAAAGUGAUGUGUAUAGCUUUGGAGUUGUCCUUGUUGAGCUCUUAACAGGACAAAACCCAAUUUUUGCAAUAGCAGGGUCACAAGAAGAAGACUACACAAGUCUUGCUACAUACUUCAUCACAUCAAUGCAAGAAAAUCGUCUAUUUGACGUUGUUGAUGCUCGAGUUUUGAAGGAAGGAUCAGAAACAGAGAUCAGAUCAUUUGCUAACCUUGCAAGAAUGUGCCUAAAUUUGAAUGGGAGGAAUCGUCCUACAAUGAGAGAGGUUACAGCCGAGUUGGAGGCCCUCCAAAUCUCCCAAAAAAACUUCUAA